UAGAGGUUGUUGAUGAUCUUAAGGUAAAAGGGUAGUAGUUGUAGUGGUGGUGGUGAAACGAAGUGUUUGGAGGAAAGGAAAAUUUUGUUAUGGAAGAAGAAAAUAUUCAUCAUGCAAACCAUGGUUAUCUGUUUCAUGGAGCUAGGAAAUGCAGUAUGUUUCUAUCAAAGAUGGUUGAGCCGUCGAUGAGAGCUUCCAUCAUCUUCUUUUCCAUCCUCUUGAUUGGUGCCUUUAUAUCCCUCCAUUGGAUUGAUGUUGUCCCUUAUGUUAUUUCAGAUAUUUCAUUUCAAAAGACAAUUCUAUCCUCCAAUAGUUCUGACAUAUAUCCGGACAGAAUCAAUUGCUCCAUCACAUGUCCAGUACAUUCUCUAGCGACAAUCAAAUCGGGCGAUUCCUCAUCGUUCGAAGUGUGCCCGGAGUACUUCCAAUGGAUCCACCAAGACCUAAAUCCAUGGAAGGAAAAUGGAAUUACCAAAGAAAUGGUAGAAAGUGCUGAGAGCAAAGCAUACGCAAGAAUAGUAAUAGUGAAUGGAAGAGUAUAUUGGAAGAAGUUGAAGUUGGCGUUCCAAACAAGAGAUGUGUUCAGUAUUUGGGGCAUAUUACAGUUGCUGAGGUUGUAUCCUGGAAAGUUACCAGAUUUGGAUAUAAUGUUUGAGUAUGGUGACAUGCCAGUGAUUCAAAAGAGAGACUAUGGCGGAUCAAAUACCAACAAUGUGACUCCAAUGUUUCACUACUGUGGGAGUGAUUCAACUUUGGAUAUAGUUUUUCCAGAUUGGUCCUUUUGGGGGUGGCCAGAGCUCCAGAUAAAGCCAUGGGAAGCCCUUAGUAAGGAUCUAGAAGAAGGCAACCAGAGAGUGAAGUGGAUUGAUAGAAUACCCUACGCUUAUUGGAAAGGGAACCCAAGAGUUAGUUUAGUCAGAAAAGAGCUUCUCAAAUGCAAUCUCACUGACCAACAGGAUUGGGGUGCACUCAUUUAUGACCUGGAUUGGAGAUUUGCUAGUCAACAGAGGUUUAAAAAUACGGAUUUAGUAGACCAAUGCACUCAUAGAUACAAGAUUUAUGUUGAGGGAAGAGCAUGGUCUGUGAGUGAGAAAUAUAUUCUAGCAUGUGAUUCUAUGAGUCUGCUAGUAACACCCCAUUACUAUGAUUUCUUCACAAGAAGUUUAUUACCCUCAAUUCACUACUGGCCAAUAAAAGAGAAUGACAAGUGCAGAUCUAUCAAGUCUGCAGUUAACUGGGGAAAUAAACACCCAGAAAAGGUUCAAGAGAUUGGAAAGGCUGGGAGCAAGUUCAUCCAAGAGGAGCUAAAAAUGAAGAGUGUAUAUGACUAUAUGUUUCAUUUGCUAUAUGAAUAUGGAAAGCUUCUGAAAUACAAACCAACUGUACCAGAAGGAUCAGUUGAAGUGUGCUUAGAGACAAUGGCAUGUUCUGGACCAGAGUUGGAGAAGAUGUUUAAGAUGAAUUCCAUGGUGAGAGGUCCAACGGAUACAAGCCCAUGCACCAUGCCUCCACCUCAUGAUCCUACAACCCUUCAAUCUUUUCUUGAGAGGAAAGCAAAUCUAACAAAGCAAGUGGAGAGGUGGGAGGCAAGUGAAAACACAUAAUUGGAAGAUGCAAAUUUAGAAAAUUUGAAGAACAUUUAAUUCCGCAAUCAUUUUCUAAGUAGUUUUUAAUAAUGCCUAGUUUAGUUUCCUAAGAGAAAGGAUGUCAAGUACCUAGUCCUUGCACAAUUUGCUUUUCUUUUCUUUCUUUUUUUUAAAAUUUUUAUUUAUUUGUUACUUUUUUUUUGGAGUUCUUGAU